AGAUGGAAUCUCAGAUCAAGCACGUAGUUGUGGUGAAGGUAAUGGGCAGAACUGGGUCGAGAGGGCAGGUUACACAGGUGAAAGUGAAGUUUCUUGAUGACCAGAACCGUUUCAUCACGAGGAACGUGAGAGGACCAGUCCGAGAGGGUGAUGUUCUUACUUUCCUCGAGUCCAAGAGAGAGGCUAGGAGGUUGUGUUGAUUUCGGUUGUCUUGUCAUAUCAUCAUUGCAAUUGUUCAGUUUUUACUCUCAUUUUGUUGUUACUUUUGAUGUUUGUUUUGAGUUGCAGACAUGAUGUUUUGGUUUUGAGAUGAUAUGAUUAGUGUAAUAUGUGUUUCAUCUUUUGAAUAGGUAAUUGAUUCAGUAGUAAAACACUGGAUAUUAAGUU